AUGGGUCAUUGUUCAAGUAAACUUUCUGACGGAAACUUUGGCAGUCAGGCCUUGGAGCAGCACGCAGCUGGUGGCGUGACGCUAAUUCUGUACGCGGCGAACGACUUCCAUAUCGCCUGCACUUACUGCGGCUUCAUAUGGCGCCGUAACGACCACUUCGACUACCUGCCGGGACUGAGCGGCGCCCACCUGCUCGUCAGCGCCGUGAAUAAUACCCCGUACGUGGUCGUGGACAAGCCGGGACCCGACGGCGAGUUCCAGGUCCAGGAAGGGGUCGAACUCUCCCUGCUCAAGGCCAUCAGCCACAGACUCAACUUCACGUACUCGCUGAACGUCGACAGCCCUGAAUACGGAGCUCUCAAGAACGGAACGUGGACAGGUCUUAUUGGUGACGUCCUUUACAGGGAGAGCCACUUAGCGAUCAGUGAGAUCAGCUUCACCCGGCCGCGCACGGAGGUGAUCUCGUACCUCUACCCGGUUCUCUACGACGUGCUCAGCUACGUCACGAAGGCGCCCAGGGUCAUUCCGUUCGCCAUGGCCAUCAUCAAGCCUUUCAGUGAAGACAUAUGGGCCCUGCUCGUGCUCUCUGUGGUGAUGUCGACGGCAUUUCUCUUCUUCCUGCGAUGGAGCCCCGCCAGCAGAGGGCGUCGCGACACGCCGGACUUCUGGUUUCUCAUUUCUACCCUGAGCCGCCAGAAUCCGUGGGAAGAAGAGCACCCAAGUGCCGGAUACCGCGUCUUCCUCGGUCCGUGGUGGCUGUUCGUGACGGUGCUGACCACUCUGUACAGCGGCCGCCUGGUGGCCAUCAUGAGCGUGGCCGUCCACGAUACCUGGAUCAGCGACCUCGACGCACUAGAGAAGGCGCUAGUCAGACGCGAAGUGCGUGUCUGCACCCACAGCAAGACCAUCUUCAUCGAAUACAUUAAGGUGGCGACCAGUGGCGCUUUCUAUCAGGUUCGUGUGAACCAAUUGGAAGGAGAAGGUGGCAAAACGGUGCUCGUUUCCAAUCGCAAAACGGGACUCGCCAGGGCGCUGCACCAAAAAUAUGUUUACGUGGAUUCAAGAUUGUCCCUGCUGACCGGUCUAGGGCUUGUGGGAGAGCAGGAUGCGCAUAACCUGCGCGUAGUGAGAGACCAUUUGGGCGUCGAGUACUGCGGAUUCGUCUUCCAGAAGGGAUGCCCCCUUCGACGGACCUUCACCCACAGGAGCCUCGCACUGUUCGAGACGGGUCACACGCGUCGCUGGAUGGAUGACGCGCUCCGGUUCACGCUGCCCCCGUACCUGGACCCGGGCACCAUCGCCGUCUACGACGCGGACGUGUGGAAGACAGCGAGUGACCAGGGGGCGCUCAACAUUAUCGACUUCGUCGGGCCCGCCUGGCUGCUGGCGGUCGGCUACGCGCUGGGGCUAGCCGCGUUGCUCUUAGAGCUCGCGUCGGUCCGGGCAUGGCGGAGCCGGUUGCGAGGGCCUCGGUGGCUGCGUGUCCGGCACGCCCGCUACGGUGGUGCGAUGCAACGUCGCCAUAGCAAGCUCGUGGCUUCCCGUCUGGGGACACCAAGGGCGCCAGCCAAGUCAGCGUAUUCAGAGGGAGACGUAGGCUGA